AUGGAAUCCAUUACUGUUGCAGUCCGAAUUCGACCUCCUAAAUUCUCAGAAAUGGUCGGAUCCGACAAACAACGCCUAGUUACCUCAAAGAAGGAUUCGGAUCUUGUUGAAGUGAAAAGAGCCACCACCUCGCUCACCGGUUGUAAGCGAACCACUAAGGAUAAAUUUAAAUUUGAUUAUGUCUAUGAAGGAAACACUCCACAAACACAAAUCUAUGAAGAUUUAGGAAAGGUUAUUGUUGAGAAUGCUGUGUGCGGAGUGAAUUGUUGUUUAUUUGCAUAUGGACAAACAUCCAGUGGAAAAACACAUACCAUGUUAGGUCAAGAUUUAUUCUCCACCAUUGAAACUUGCAAAAACAAAUACGAUGCACUGAAACCACUCAUCUUUGAUUGUUUCAAACCAUUGUUCUUUAUUCUACCCUAUGACGUUAUCUAUUCCAUUUAUGAAAUGACUGGUAUGGACAUUUCAAAUCAUGGAAUCGUUCCAAGAGUGGUUAAGGAAUUAUUUUCUGCUAUUCGAAAAUACCACUACUAUUCCGUGACUUGUUCCUUUGUAGAAAUUUAUAAUGAGAAAAUUACAAACCUAUUGGAAAAGAAGGGUUCAAAAAAGAAGUAUGGAACAUUAUAUGGAGGAAUGUAUACAAUACAUAAUUGGGAGGAAGCAAGAGAGUUAGUAACUAUUGGUUUGUCGAACCGUGCUACAAGAGCUACAGUAAUGAAUGAUGUUUCAUCUCGAUCCCAUGCUGUUUUCACUAUUAAUGUCAAAUUUCAACCAGACACCUCAUCAGCUAGUUCAAUUAGUGCAACAAUUAAUCUCGUCGAUUUGGCAGGUUCAGAACAAACAGGAAAAAUUGCUACAUCGUUGGAAGAACGAAAGGAAGGUACUUCUAUUAAUAAGAGUUUGCUGCAUUUAGGAAGAGUCAUCAACAAGUUGGCAGACCUCUCGGAGCGUGUUUCCAAAAUGACAGACAAGAAGGACAUUGAAGAAACCAUCAAGUCGUAUCACAUCCCUUACCGAGACUCGGUAUUGACGAGUAUGUUGCAGGGAACUUUGGGAGGAACGGCAAAAACUAUAAUGAUUGCAACAGCUUCUCCAACUGAAAAGAAUUGUCCAGAAACGUUAUCCACACUUCGAUAUGCAAGUCGGGCAAAGAUUAUCAAAUCAUCGAGCAGCAAGAAUAAGGAAGAAGGCAUUGAUGAUAAACUUCGUUCGCUUAUUGAUGAGGCCAUCACUCAGAGAUACAAUACUCGAAAAUUGAAAACAUAUUUGCUCAAUAGAAAUCGAGGAGAUAAAUAUUAUGUGAAAAAUAUGGUUGAUUACAAAGAUGCUAAGAGUUUGGAUGCCGGAAAAAUGAUGAAAAUCACGGUAUUUGUUGAAACUCAAAGUUCCAUGUUUGGCAAUGAACAAGUGUCGAAAGUAAUCAAGAGAGUCGUGAACGAUGUUUCUUCUUUGAAACCAAUGUCCUUGGAUUAUGAAAAGGCAACGACGAAAGUGUUACAAUUAAAAUGUUUGAACGUUUAA